AAAGCUCAAAAAUUUCAACGCCAUGCUCAAAGGCAUCGAUCCUCUGCUCACCCCCGAGCUGCUACAGAAUCUCAGGGCCAUGGGCCACGGCGACAUGGUCGCAAUCGUCGACGCCAACUUCCCGGCAGCAUCCACCGGCCCACCGGUCAUCCGACUUGCUGGGGCCAAUGCAACGGACGCAGCCAACGCCAUCCUCUCCGUAUUGCCCCUAGACGAUUUUGUGCCGGAAUCGGCGUGGUGCAUGCAGGUUGUCGGGGAUGCAGAGGCUGAUUUGCCUGUAAUGCAUGACUUCAGGGAAGCCAUCCGCAAGCACGAAGGCGAGAAAUUUGAACUGAGUAAAUUGGAGAGGUUUGCGUUUUACAGAAUGUCGAGCAAGGCAUUCUGCAUUGUCUCUACCAAUGAAACCAGGCUGUAUGGGAAUCUGUUGUUGAAGAAGGGUGUUGUGAAAGAAGUUUAGGCUCAAGAAGGCCAACGUUGCUUGACAUUGGGUCUGAAAACAAUCGAAGACGCAAAAGUACUUCAUGCUACCAGUGGUCUCCUACUUCCUGAGUGGAUUUCUCAAUUUGCGCACCGUUUCCAUUUGCAGGUACACGCUCAGUUAUGCAUCAUUUUCAUCAUUGCAUUACUACGACUGCAAUUUUCCUCCGUGGCCGUUUG